UUGGUAAUAUCAUAAGAGAAAUGAAAGCCAUCCUUCAACCUUAUUUUUACGAUUUCUGGUUGACAAGUGGUACUCUUCUUGGUUGGUAUCGGGAAUGCGGAAUCAUACCAUACACUUCAGAUGUUGACUUUGGAAUGCGGGCAUCGGAUGUGAAGAGCUUGGAAUCAAUUUUACAGUUGUUUAGAAAAAGUAGAUCACUGAAACUUGUUAUGCGCUAUGGUCUGGUUGAAGAAGCAUUGGAACUAACUCUCGACUAUAAGGGUUUGAAGAUGGACAUAUUUUUCUUUUACAAGGAGGGAAAUCAAUCAUACGUUGCUUGCCACUAUAGGGAUUCAAAUUCUUAUGCGAAGGUUUUGUAUCCUCCUUUUAGUCUUUGUUCGGCUGCUCUGUUAGGAGAAAAGGUACUGGUACCUUGUGAGACAGAAACGAUAUUAAAAACAGAAUAUGGACCAAACUGGACGCAGCCAAUAUCCAAAUGGGACUGGAAAAACUCAUUCUUCAAUAAAGGACCAGAAAUUCAUUGGGAAAAUAAUAAGAAAAAGCAAGUUUAUGAACAAUUUAUGGGCUGAUGGUUUUACUUCUGAAAGCUUUUUUUUUCACUGUAUUAUACUAUUUGUCCUUGUAUAAUAGUGUGUUGGCAUUUUUAAUUAAAUAAGCUGAUAUUUUCCGUUUCAGAAAAUGUACAUUAUUAUGCUUUAAUUAUAUCUAUGUUGCCUAUUCCAAUGGAGAUUGGAAAGAAAAAUGUAUUCUUUGAAUAAAGUUUAAUUAUUUUUGUCAUA